AUGUGGGGCCCUACCCCCUCGUCCUUGUUCCCAGCAGGCUCGCUGGCGGGCUGCGGCGCCGCCGCGGCCGCCGCAGCGGGGGCGGGCGUCGGCGUCGGGGGCGGCGUCGGCAUCGGCGGCGGCAUCGGCGGCGGCGUGGGUGGCGGCAUCGGCGUCAGCGUGGGCCACCACCAGCCGGGCGCGGGCAACCCGCUGGAGUGGACGGGCCAGGUGACGGUGCGCAAGAAGCGCAAGCCCUACUCCAAGUUCCAGACGCUCGAGCUCGAGAAGGAGUUCCUCUUCAACGCGUACGUCAGCAAGCAGAAGCGCUGGGAGCUGGCGCGCAACCUCAACCUCACCGAGCGCCAGGUCAAGAUCUGGUUCCAGAACCGGCGCAUGAAGAACAAGAAGAACAGCCAGCGCCAGGCGGCGCAGCAGCAGCAGCAGCAACAGCAGCAGCAGCAGCAGCAGCAACAGCAGCAAGCGGCCGCCGGCGGGGCGUCGGCCGCCGCCAACGGCCACCAGGGCCACCAAGCGCACCACCACGCGCCCCCCAACGGCGCCGUCGCAGCCCUCAAGCACCACCAGUGACCCGUAGCGUUCUCUGGGGUUGUGUUCGGCCACCACCACCACCAUCACCACCAGCAGUUCCACCACGGCGUCGCCACCUAGGCUGACGGUGUCCACGGAAUUGACUGGCGUAUCUGCCCUAGGCAGUCCCUCUUCUCUUCCUUCCUCCCAACUGGGAAAAUUUGGAACUGUUCGCAUCGGUCCCCAUCUUGCAGAGUGCGUGUCCAGCUAAAACAGUGCCCACUGUUGUUUCUUACCAACAUCCUGACGAAGGAUUUUCUCAAGCAACAGCAACAAGAACUCACAUCCACUCAGACAUAUAUACUUGGUCGUCCAAAGAACUCAUUUACUUCUGGUGAUAUGAGAAGUGCCAAUGGAGCAGUCCUGGUACUGCAACAGCAAUGAGGAACAAAGACUAAGCUAUGCUAAGCACUUUCUGAAAGAAUCCAUCACCACUCCGAAAACAUCCUAACAAACUGGCUAUCAAGUAAGAGACAGUCUUCCAUUUAGAUGCACUCUUUCUUGUAGCAUGGCACAGUAUUCACCCACUGUUUUCACUACCACUAGCAACGUAAAGGGAAGGAGAUUAUUAAUACAGUCAUGAAGAUUCUACUGCUAAUUCCCAGAAACACGUUGGCAGAGUGCUCUGCAGUUUGGAAGGGGGAGGGGGGAGGGACCACGAAUUUGGCCGAAAACAAAAUUUGCCAACCCCAGAGACGGUGCUACGACGUAAAUUCACAUCAUUCUGCAUCUAAACCGACUCUAAACUAUCUGAAGAAGCGGCAAUCAGCCGGCUACCGCUCUGGUAACAAAGAAAUGCAGUGGAUACGUGAAAUGCGUAUCAUAUGCCAUGUCCUUUUUGCAGCUGCAGUUGUUCUGACGAACUUUUACUGCUGAAAAUCUCAGAGCUGUCGCCCAUUUUUGUGUGAAAUGAGUUUCUGGUGUAUUUUUCCAUCGACGGGACAGUAUUCAAUUGUCAAAAGCAGAGUCGUCCAAAAUUUAUCAAGUCUCGCAAAAAGCUCCUGCUAAAGUAUGGCGAGAGCGCCAUCUCUUUUCCCCUGUCUCGUAGUCAAAGCGAAGUGAUGUGGCGGACUCUCAUGAUGUGAAGUUCUAAAUACGUUUUGUGCACAGUGAUUACCCAAAUUACCUGGAGAGAGGAAGAUGGAAGUGGAAAUAGGAAGUGUUCUGGCAAGUACCUUUACCGCACUGGGAGGAAUCUUUUCUGUGUGUUUCUGAAGAAAAUAACAUUCGUCUGAUCUCGGUAAGGGAGGAGCGACAUUAUGCGUGUGAAAUUUAUGGAUCCAAUGCUGUUUCCAUCACAAAACUACCGCUGAUGGUUUGAUUGUCAUACUUAACCGAAAAGUUGCUAGCCGUUCAAGCUCUGCUACGUUUCCACUGACGUUUUAGAAAUAUGAAGAGUUCAGGCUGUACAUACUACCAACUUUUUAAUAUCUGAAAUUGGUGUAGACUUUCCCGUAUUCUAAGGAAGUCUGGUAUCCUGCCUGUGGGUAAAGUGCGUUGGAAAAUAGUUGUUGUGCUAUUUGUUGUUUGUAGGUGACAAUGAUGAUGACAGAACUUGUGUUACGGUAAAGGUUGCCACCAAGUGGAUGAGUUAAAAGUAUUACUUUAUACCUACAGACUGAGGAACAGUACAGACUCUCCACUGGAACUUUAGGUGCUUUCGUACCUUUAGUUUAAAACCUUUUUAGGCUACCUGUACUGAAUGAAAAUAAUGCAUUUUUAAGGAUAGUAGUCUUGGAAUGUUCUUCCAAAAGGAAAAGGAAACACGUAUUGUAAACUUUUAGUGAUUACAACACUCGUUUUUGCAUAAAAAUGCUGUAACAGUUUUUUGAAAUUCUGUAAAUGUGUAGACCGACAUUAGUAACAAUCUAAAUGAAGGAACUUUGUAAAUUAAGGGCUCUUACCUGAUGCUGAAAUGACGUAGAAAGGCCUUGUAUUCUUUGUGUCUAUAUGUCCUAUGGAAAAUCACGACUGUACCCUAAAACGUCUCUCAGUGUUUAUCGUUCAUCAUGUUCGUGAUUCGUGAUCGUAGAGUAAGUCAUUUUUGGUGUCCUUUUAAAAUAAAACUUCGAACUUACGUAGGAAUGAAACCUACAAGUAGAAAUAUGAAUAACUUUUUGCAAGGGAGACACAUGAAUUUAGCUUGAGUUAGAAUUCCUCCUUGAAGGAAUGACCCAUUGUUGUAAAAAAUGAAAGAAGACGCAGACAUAUUUUGCUGAUAGUAAAUUUUGGGCCAUCCAUUGAUGCAGAACCUUUUUCCACUUGUUUCCAAAAGUGAAAAAUUUAUCGCCCCUACCUGCAGUUACUAUGUUUCUGAGCUUUUCACACAAUUUCAUUCGAACACCAGAUUUAACAGAAUAGAAAUCAUCCCCAGUCAGAAGUUUUGUCUGAGCUCUCUCACUGUCUUGCCAGAUAAUGCAUAAUGUUGUGUUAAUAAUUAAUUUCUUUCCAUAUUAUAACGACUCUCAGUAGCAACUACAUGCCUUCACUGUUUGCAGAGAGACUGAGGAGUUCUGCAUCUUAAUCUUCAAAAUGGAAGGUAUCUUCAUUUACAAAAAGAGAAACUGUAGAACUUCUUUUAUAAACCACUGUUUUAUGUGCAGGAUAAAUUGCCGCAUUCGCUAUUGCAGUAUUUUAAGUGACCUACCAGUUACCUAUAGAAAUAUAAUUCGUUUUCGGCUUUGUUGUUAUUUUCGUAAGUAUCUACAUACGUUUAAAUUCAGACACUAUUUCUUUUCAUGGUUACUUCGGUUACGUUACGCAAGACAUUGUUCAUGUUUCAAUAUAUUGAUUUGCUGUAUAGCUCCUGUUGGUACUUAGUUUGUUUCUGAAAAUGAGUCUGUUUUACCUGAUAUUUGUUGUUCUAUUACAUUUGAUUGUGUGAAGAUUAUUUGGUCAUGAAUAAAUGUUGGCACUGUUUGUUUUUAAGAGAUGUUUGAUUCCGAAUUAAUUGGAUGGUUAUGUAUGUGCAAUAACAUUAAUUUCAUGUUCCCACAGUUGAACUGAAUAUUCACAUUAUUCUCUUAGUUGUAGAUAUGUUAUAGAAAAAGUAAUAUAUGGAAUGUAUGACAGUGGAAUAACUGUAAAGACCUGGAAUCAGGCACUGAAACACUCCUUCCGUCAUAUUUUUUAAGACGUAAAUUUGAAUGCUUGUGUCCUUUGUUUUUUGUUCACCUCAAAAACAACUGUUGUUAUACUUACUAAGUUUACGAGCGUAUGUGUAUUUUAUACAUAUUUGUUUUCCCUUGUAUUUGUAUUAUAUAAUCAUAUUGAAAGAAAAAUGUGGAACUUUUUAAUAUGCAUCGAUAUUUUUUGUAUGUUACACAUUUGCUACAGGAAGCAACUACUGUUAUAAUUUUUUUCCGUGUAUUUAAUAUGCACAAAGUUGUUUUUGUCAAUGUAUAUUGUAAAUAAAGGAACCUUAUUUACAAUUAAACGUCCUUUGUUGGUGCAU